GGGGAGCUGGACCAAAGCGCCUUCCGGGUCGGCCAAGUCCAGAGGCCGCCCGCGCUCGGGGCACCGGGCAGGAGAGGAGACGGGGCCGCGCGGAGACCCUGCGCCUCGCCCCUUGGUGCUCCAGGCGGCGUCGGAAGCCGAGAGGGUCACCGAGUCGCCGGGCCGGGACCGAGUCGCCGGGCCGGGCGCGGCGGGCAGGGGGCGGAGCCGCCGGCGGACGGUCGCCCGGGUUCGCUUGAGGGCGUGGCUCUGCGCAUGCUCUGCUUGCCGGCCCUCCGCCGUGGCGGGGCGCGGGAGGCGCCGCAAGCAGCGGGAACUGCCUCAUGGCGCAGGCGGGGAGAGUUAGUCCCGGGGCCUGGGGUCGGCGGGGCGCGGGCGCGGAUGCGGCUCCGGUCUGCGCGCCUUGGUGCUGGGCCUCCGCGCUGCUCUGGCUGGCGGCGGCGGCGGCGGCGGCAGCGGCGGCGGCGACCGGCCCCUCCCGGCGCCAGUGGCCGGUGCCCUACAAACGCUUUUCCUUCCGUCCGGAACCAGAUCCUUACUGUCAAGCUAAAUACACUUUCUGUCCCACUGGCUCCCCUAUCCCAGUGAUGAAGGAUGAUGAUGUCAUUGAAGUCUUUCGAUUACAAGCCCCAGUGUGGGAAUUUAAAUACGGAGACCUCCUGGGACACUUGAAAAUUAUGCACGAUGCCAUUGGAUUCAGGAGUACUUUAACUGAAAAGAACUACACAAUGGAAUGGUAUGAACUUUUCCAGCUUGGAAACUGCACAUUUCCCCAUCUCCGACCUGAAAUGAAUGCCCCUUUCUGGUGUAAUCAAGGAGCUGCCUGCUUUUUUGAAGGAAUUGAUGAUAUUCACUGGAAGGAAAAUGGGACGUUAGUUCUAGUAGCAACCAUAUCAGGAGACAUAUUUAACAAAAUGGCAAAGUGGGUAAAACAGGACAAUGAAACUGGGAUUUAUUAUGAGACAUGGACGGUCCAAGCCAGCUCAGAAAAAGGGGCAGAGACAUGGUUCGAAUCCUACGACUGUUCUAAAUUUGUGUUAAGGACAUAUAAGAAGUUGGCUGAACUUGGAGCAGACUUCAAGAAGAUAGAAACCAACUAUACAAGAAUAUUUCUUUACAGUGGAGAACCUACUUACUUGGGAAAUGAAACAUCUGUUUUUGGGCCAGCAGGAAACAAGACACUUGCUUUAGCCAUAAAAAGAUUUUAUUACCCUUUCAAACCACAUUUGUCAACUAAAGAGUUUCUUUUGAGUCUCUUGCAAAUUUUUGAUGCCGUGAUUAUACACAGACAGUUCUAUUUGUUUUAUAAUUUUGAAUAUUGGUUUUUACCUAUGAAAUUCCCUUUUAUUAAAAUAACAUAUGAAGAAAUCCCUUUACCUAACAGAAACAGAACACUCUCUGGUUUAUAAAACCUUAAUUCUACUGCUUUUUUUUUCUACCAGCACAUCAGUUUUUCAGGGGGUGGUUUUACAAUGUGUGGAUUUCUUAGACCUUUCUUCCUUGGGACAGAAAGGUAAAAUACACAUGGGCAGAAUUGCUGCAUAAUAAUAUCUCAGGAAUUUUUUUGGAAAGAAGCUGAAAACUGAUUGUGUUGGCCAAAGUGAACCCAUUAGGUGAUCUUGAUUUCAAUCUCCAAGGCUUUGUUAAUAUGGAGAAUUAUAUCAUCAGAUACACAGUAUCUUUGGACUCCUCAGAAUGUGAAAUUAUGGAUAUGGUGUGCCAAAACUUUAAAAAUAAAUACUGUCAGUGACAUUGUCAUGGUGGGAGGUUUUUGCAGAUAUGGUAGUUACACUUUCUCAUUUAGGUACUUUCUGAUAGUUUUGACUGACUUUCCAGCCUUUGUAACUUCUAGAGCCAGUCCUAGUAGUUUGAUUUUGUUCUAUUCACUUAACCUUAAAGAGUAAUUUGGACACCACAGCUGGACUGGUCGUGCUUCCAGAUGUGGUAAAAUCAGUGAUAAAGAGCACAAGUUUCUGGCUAGCAUUUUAGAACUAGCCAGUAACUGGCAUUUUGUGAUUUAAGCAACUUAUCAUUUCCAAACCUUAGUUUCCUUAUCUCGAAAAUGAUUCAUCUGUCAUGAUUGUUGUAAAGAUUGAAGCCAUGUAUAGUUUGGCCUAGUAAGGUCACAAUAAGUGGUAACUGUAACGAUUAAUCAAAGAACAAACUGCCAUCAUUGAUCUUGCCUAAUGUGGUUUACAUGCCCACCUUUCCUGCUUUUGUAGUAAUCAAUCACCUAGACUUUGAGCUGGCAGCAUAGUGCUUCUGCGGUUCUUCACACAUAUGGAACAUGGAAGUAUCUGACUGCAGGUACAUCUGGGUGAACAGGCACCCUCUAACUAACUCCUUCACUGCUUCACACAGUCCCUCCGCCGCCCACUAAAGCUGCCAGCAGUGGAAGAAGGUACACUUCCCAGAGAGAGGGCAGGUUUUUGUCAAGGAUCUCCAAGUAGCCGUGCUUCCAUUAGGGCCAUCAAACAAGGUUUCAAGGUCCUUUAAGUGUCUGUUAACUGAACACCUUGUUUCUAUUCAUGGAAAAAAUACCAGUCAGGAAAAUGAUGAGGCAGAGGUCAGAGAAAACAGUCUGUAUUUAAUAUGUAAAUGUACCAAUUCUAUUCAGUUUCUGCCCACAUUUGAGUGCUUCCUAAGAGGUUAGGACAUUGAGUUCUCAUAAAAAGCCUAAGCGUAGGUACUCUUUACGUGAUUCAAAUGAGUAAAUUGAGACUUAGAAAGGUUUCGUGACCUUUCCAUAGCCACCCACCUAGUGGUAAAUGGAGCCUCAUUUUGAACCAGGCUCUGCUGACUGAAUGGGAUGCACCAUCAAGCAAGUUUUUCAGCGCUGCUCAAAGUGUGGUCCUUAGACCAGUGCCUGGACCAUAAGUUACUAACAAACACCAUAUGUUCUGGUCUGUGAGGAGGUACUCUUAAAGCAACUUGUUGGACUAAUUUUGUUUCUGUUGAAUCUAAUUAAAAAAAAAACAAAAAAAAAACGGGGGCUUGUACUUUACUUUUAUUUCAUUUGUCUAGGAAUUUAUUAUUGUCUUCUUCAAAACUAUAGGCACUAAAACGCAGUCUAAAAAUAAAAACCCCGCCCUUCAGCACAGAUAGCUUAAGAAGAACUGCACCAUUAUGAUGACGCCUGCUGCACGGAGGACGUCUCACCCUCGAGCACAGGGAGAACUGGCUUUCACUGCCUACAGUUUAGCCUUGUCUACUCAACGUUAAUAGCGCCAAUCAAUCAUUCCGGAUUACUUGAGCCUCUUUAACCUGCUAGUUGUCUUCAAAAUAUGUCACAAGAAAACUUGGAUCUUUGCACUAGCACCAUCUAGUGGCUAAAAUCGGGCAAUGCCAACCUCUACGGAUUCUCAGGAAAAUUGCUCUGAAAAAACAGUGUUUUGGAUUUCCAGAACUGCAUUGGGGUAACAAGCAGAAACUCCUAUGCCAAGUUUGUAUUAACUGUCAAUCACAGAACUUGGUUCCACGGCAACGACAAAUGAGGACAUCGUACAUGGAACUUGAAUAUUAAAGCAAGAAUCUACUAGUUACAUUAAAAAGCAUUCAUGAUUUUCCACUGCUCCUAAGAAUACUGGUAAGUGAAGAAAUUCUACUGAGAAUUUGACAUAUAGACUCAGGAUACUAUAACAAACAGUGUGUAGCAUUCGUAUAAGUAGGUACUUAUUAAGAAUUUAUCAAACCUAUCAACUAUACUUACAAGUUGAAGUAGGGCUUUGAAGCAGAGAUGAUUCAGGAAAAAGCUUUUAAAAUGGUAGCUGGAAAACCGAAACACAAGCCAGGCAGGAAUUUGCCAAUUAAAUUUUGCAGUCCUUUGAACUUCUAUAUAACUAACUUAAAUGUGAUUUCUGUUUUUCUCGUUAAGUUGUAAAUGUAUAAAAUGUCCUCUACGAGAAACCAUUAGUUGAAGUCUAAGUUAUAUUAGGGCUUUAGAAUAAUCUUAUUAAUAACUUACUAAUUCUGGCUCCAUAUUAGGUAAGUAUACCCACAGUGUGUCAUCAUUUGUAGGUACAGGAAAAUAGGCAAAAGGUGAAAAUAACUCUUAAACUGUAAAUAUUUGGAACCCUCAAUCAAUACUGGCUCCUUAUUAGAAAUCAGAAAAAUAAAUAAAUAAGAAGUCUUAGGAAGUCUCAUCCAGUUUUAUAAUCUGCUCUGGUGACACUUAACGAAUUCUCUAGGAGUGUAUUUACUUCCUUUAAGACGACUUUUUUUUUUUUUAAAGAAAUUGUUGGUAUGUUACAGAAACAGCAACGUUCCCAAACCCCACACAUGCUUUUCCCCCUCACAGCAAAUCAGUUGGCCAAAGUUUGUUUCCAGCAUCUUCCUCAUAUUUACCCUUUAUUGUCCAAAUAGCAUCCUGCUCCUUAAACCUACAUUUUCUCUCCCCUAUUUAAAACAAGAUAGCAUGUUAAUCAUAUAUUCUUUUACUAGACUGAUUGAUUGAUUGAUUAUUCUAAGGAUAAGCUCUUAAUUCACUUUGGAGUAAAAGGCUUUGUGUUCUUUUUUAUGUAUCAUAUGAUAUGUCCUUUUUUUAAAAGGAAAGUUGGGUAUCAGCAAGUAGGUAAAAUUUUUCUGGCUGCUUGGUAACAUUUAAAAACCAGCCCCACAGAUAAACUGAGCUGGAAUCUGUGCAAAAAUUGUGCCCAGCUGUGUAUGGGGUAGAGAUUACAGCUUAUUAAAGGACCUAGUUCAGGCCUGAGCCGCCUUCAUACCAACCCUUCCCUUCUAUCCUAAGCUUUUCCAUAAAUAUAAAAAAUUCUCCUUUGAUUGCAGUAAAUUGACCUAAUCUUUAGUCAUGCCUUUUUACCGAUAAUAUUGUUAAUAAAAUAGCCCAGAUUAAGAUUACCAAGGUAAACUGAAGUUAUUUUAUGGAAGCUGAAGAUGAAAAUAAUUUCAUUAGUUUAAAAACUAUUCUGAUUAUAUGGAUUUAUAUAAAGGUGUUUCUCUCUAAAAAUGCUAGCUGGUUUCAAGGAUCCUGACUAAGAAUUCUAUUUCUAAACAAUCUGUUUUUUAAAUUCUUAUUCUAAAUGCCUAAUCUUGUAUCUUCAAAAAAGCCACUCUAUCAUAAAUAUUUAAUAUUAAACAUUACAUCCAUCAGAUAUGGAUUUGAAACUAAAACCAUAAAUCUGUAAAUUUAACUUGUUUUAAAGUCAAAUAAGUACAUUUGUUAGGGUAGUUUUAAAAAAUAAUACAACAGCAUUAGUAACUAUCUUUAUUCUAAAAUUGAUAAAAGCAUUUAACAUAUACUUUAUAAACAAAUUAAGUGCUAUGCAUUUUGCUUAAGAAGUGACUUAAAGUUUUUCAAGCAUUAUAUAAUUCAAUUUGUGCAGAAAGUAAAUUUCCAAAUAAAGCUUUGGUUAGUAGAACUGAUUACAUACUGUCAAAUCCAUUUUCCAAAGUUGUUCAAAGAAAAAAGCUUCAUCCACUAACACAGGUAUUUCUUGUACAAAGUUUUUCACUGUUUAGUAAGAGGGAUGAAUAUUACAAUAAUUGCUUUUGAUUUCCAUGUCUGGACCAGCCUUUUUUCUUCUCAUUUAUGUGCUCAGAAUACCAUCACUUUUGAAAGCAUAAAUUAUGCAGAAAAUCACCUUUUUACUUGAUUCUUAGGAAGGUAAUCUAUUUAAAAAAUAGAUUAGACCCGUAAGACUGUUAGCUUCCAUAUCUACCAAGAUGCUUUCUAAGUUUCAAGCACUAAUAUAUCCCACUGGGGGUAAAUCACUUCUAAUUUCCCUUAGGAGGGUAAUAUCUACUAGCACUAGGGCUCAGAAUCAAGUUUAUAUAAUAUCUAAAAAAAACUAAAUAUAGCCCCAAACUUAAUAUUUUUACAGUUUCUACAACGUAUGGAUUACCUUUAUUCAUAUGAAAGUAAUAAAAAUGCUGCCUAACUUAAAUAAUAUAUCAGUUUAACCAAAUUAACAAUCACAAAACUGCAGACAUUUUUCUAUUAAAAUUUUCCAGUCCACUGAGCAAUAUUUACUCAAAAAUAUGAUUAUGAACUUAAAUAUAUGCUCUUUUAAAUUUACUGUUUAUGCUGAACUGUACAUUGGUGCUUUUAUGAUUUUUGAAAAUUAUACUUACAUAACUAUAUAAUUCCAAAAUGUAAAAAUAAACCAUCACUAAAAUUCACUGGAGACUAAUAUUCUUUCAUGGAAACAACUUAUAAACAUUUUAAAGUUCUACCUUUAAUUAUUUCAAUUGGGCUUUUUAAAAUAGAUAAACUUCUCAUUUCAAUUAUUGUGUAAUACUUCAAAACUAGUUUAAACAAAGAUAAACCCAAGAAGAACUAGUAAAA